AUGAAGGAUGUACAGCCCACUUUUCGGCCGAGAAGUUCUAGAAGACGAGAAGAACCACCAACAUCUACACCGCGAGAUAUUAAUAGAACAAGAUCUAGAACUAAGAUUUCAGAUACAUAUUCUUCACCUACUGUUACAGAACAAUCUCCUACGAAAAAUGGGCGUAACGAAAGAUUUGAUUCCAGAACAACGAAUCGAUUACGUAGUCGACCAAUAGAAGCUGAGGCAAAUGUCGUCUCUUCUUACGCUGGUCAAGAUACAACAGUCAAGAGCAAAUCGCGGCCAAUCAACAGAAGGCCACAAUCUACUACUACAACUGCUCCUUUAGUGUUGUCUUCUCCCGACAUCGAAGAUAAUAGAAUCAGAGAUAUAAGCAAUAGAAAAACUCAGUACAGCUCUACACAGACUUCAUUAAAAAUAUCUUCUCCAGUUAUUGAUGAUAAAAAAACAAUUGAAUCUAAUUUUGAUGAUUUCACACGGAUUAUACCAAAAGAAGAGGAUAUCACAAGUGCUCAGUUUAAAAGGAGAAGCACGACUACGAAAACUAUACAAAGUGUAACUUCGUCAACUCCAAAAUUAAUACGAUCACGUGGACGCAUAAAUACUAGAACUAACGUUAAAUUAGAAGACACGGCAAGUUCUGGUGCAACUAAUGCAUUAAUUGUUGCAGAAAAAAUAUCUACUAGUGAAACACCUUCAGAAAAUACAAGAAAUUCACGAAAGUUAAGAUACCGGACGCGUUUAUCAGAAACUGAUACAAAUUUAACUGGGGAUGGUAUUUUGUCAUCUAAUGAAGUCAUUAAGCCUGUUCAGAAGAAAAGAACGUUUAAUAGUCAAUCGGAAAGUCGUACAAUAUCUACAAAUCUAUCUGAAAAGAAUAUCCAGAGAAAUACUGAACGUAGUCCAUCAAAAUCCACAACCCUAAAGACCACGAGAGUUGUAAGGCGUCCUUUAACCAAGGGAAAAGAUAACACAGUACCUUCUAGGAUGAAGUCAAAACUUAAAACUUCUGAUGAGAUUGGUGAUGACGAUAACUAUCCAGAAAGUUUUAAAGCCUUGAUUCAAACUAAAAAUGCUUCGACACAAUUGAGCUCUCCAUCCAGCGAGAGUUUGUCAGUGAAAGCAACACACAAAGUUAAUACUUACACACAACCCAUACUGCCUUUCAACACAGUUCGUGAUUUAGAAAAUACUACACGGUUUCGCAGUAAAUUAAACACAACGGAGAGUGAAUUAAAAAAUGGAACUACUGAAGAUAGUAUAACAACAGUGACCGAUUCUUAUACAACUAAAUCACAAGAAUAUCGGGUACGGGGAUCAUAUGUACCAAAAUUUCGAAAACUCAGUAGUUUAAAUGUGGCUUUUGUGACAAAAAGUACAUCAAGUAGUCCUGUUACAGAAAAGUCAUAUAAAUUUAAUAGGAAAUUAAAAACAACAGCAACAGAAGAACCAGUAUCUGAAAAUUUAGUAAAAAAUAAAAGAUUUGAAUCUCGACAACAUUUACGGAAGAGCUCAGUUCGCUCCCCAAAUUAUUCAAGGAUAAGUUUUGAUAAAAAAGAUAUUAGAAUAACAGAAGUAGCCACCACAAACGAUAGAGUAAAAACUGCAGUUAAUAUUAGCGUUGUAAGUAAUAAAGUUAAGCUACCAAGAACAACUUAUUAUUCACGAUUGAGGAACAAUAUUAAUAAUGACGUAACAGCAACUACAGUUACAGUACCUAUAGUAAAUGAAACAAAGAUUGCAGAUAAGAAAAUGGAAACUACGGCUGACAUGCCUCUCAUAUUUAGUUUGAUAAAUAAACCAGUAAAAAAUAUAAUCCCUAACAAUUUAAGUGAAGAAAAUCACGUAGAAAGAAAGGAAGAGUUUUUAAUAAAGGUAAGUAGUAAGGAAUCACGCGAAAGUAAUACCGACAAUGAAGUUGUUACUAAUGCUGAGGAAAGUGAAAAUAGGUCUGUAGUAAAAGUGUUUCCGACUACUCAAAAAUACCAUGCAAAUUAUAAAGAUAAGAGCAUUGAAAAUGAUUCAGACAGAAAAGAUUAUAUCGUUACGACUGCUACUCCAUCCAUUAGGAAUAUACAGACAAGGAAAUAUACGCGUAAAAUUGGAAAAUCUAAACAAAAAAUUGAAACUUCAUCUCCACUUUCAACAUUUAAGGAAAGAACACUACGAAAGUAUAGUGACACAUUCUCGAAGACCACUGAAGCAUCUACUAAUGGCAUUAUCAACGAUCCUGAAAAACCUAAAGGCAGGUUUAGUUCUAAAUAUAGAGCUUCAUAUCUUGACAAACCAUUUUACAAACCCACUGUACCCACAGUAACACCAACAACUGUAGUGGGUGAAGAGAUUCAAUUAGGUGACAUGAACGCUAUUUCUUUUACUCAGACACGAAGUACAAUAUCUUCAGCUGAUUUAAAACUUUCAGAGAGUUUAGUAAAACCAUCACAUGUUAUGAAUGUAGAGGCCUCAAAUCACUCACCAUCAGUCACUAUAUCUAUUUUUGAUGCUUUAGCAGAAAUACUUACUUCCACACCCAGAAUUCAAAUUUCUACAACAACAGAAGUACCGCAACAAAUUUUCACUGAUACGGUUGUUAAACAGACAUUCAACGGCGUGAGUAACAAUAAUAAUGUAAAUAGUGUCACUGACUUGUCAAGUCAGGGCACAUCUAUAAAUACAUUAAUGCCUGUACAAAUCACUGAUCAGACUACACCAAAUGUGCUUAACCGCUUGACGGUAGGGGAUCGUAUUUUACCGUCACUUAAAGAAGAGGAGAAAUUUACACCUACAAGUACUUCUCAAAGUACCUCUUAUCCUACCCUAACCACUCCUAUUUCCGCAAGGAAACCCUUUGCCAUAAAAAUAUUAUACUCAGAUACCGAACGGCUGACAGACGAAUUUACGACCUCAUCUGAACAUACGACGAAUCAGCCUACGACUGAUAGCACGAAAAUGGUAUAUAACACUGCAUCUGACCUUUUAUUAUCUAACAAAAAAUUAGUGUCGUCGGAACUAACUAGCAUGUUAUCUAAUAAUAUUAUAAAUAUUAUCCAAAAUUUGGACGAAGAAAGUAGAUCAAAAUUGUCUGUAGAUAUGGUAGAUAUGUUGAGGAAAUUAAUUCCUAGGGCUAUGAAUAAGCUAUCUUCCUUCAGUGAUACUGAUGUAGUUCCAAAUACCACUCCUUACAGUUUGGAGGACAUUAAGGAUACCGAAAAUAUUAACAUUAAUGAGAACCAAAAUUCUUCUAUUGAUAAUAACAAUCUCUUCCAAAAUGUAUUGAAUGGUAAUGUAAAUAAAACGGAGGAUACUUUUGAUCUUUUAGAUUUAGCAAUCGAUUCACAAAAAGCUGUAAAUAGCUCGGUUUAUUCACAACUGUUUUUAAGUAACACUUUAUCUGAAUUAGAGAGCAAGACAACUGUAGCUGAUAUCGAAACGACUACCGAGUAUGUAAAUAAUAAUACACCGGCUUCUUUCGAUUUGUCAACAACAACAUUAAAAACAUCUAGUACAACAUUAGACAUAAAUAUUGAUACAGGUACUUUGUCUGGCUUAACUAAACCCACUAGUGUAAAUAAUGUAGAGACAAGCACUGUUAGUAAUCCAAUGAUAGACAGCACUAUUCAACCUUUUUCAGUCCCAUUUGUCGCAAAUUCCAUAAUUGAUAAAGUUCCUUUAAAUGAAAUUAAUAAUACAACGCCUUUAAUAGCUAUAUCGAAUAAACAAUUUGAUGAGACUGAUAAUAUUAACAUUAAAGAUUCAAGUCAAAUAUCAAAUUUUCAAUUAUGGGUACUUUCAAAAAAAGCACGUGUCUUGAAUAUGAUUCAACAAAUAAUUAAAGAACAUAAUGAUGAAAUAGCAAAUGCUCCUUUUACUGUAUUAAAGGAACAAGCUAAUUCUCUAUUUUCCGAUCGCCUAACCGAAAUAAUUAACACAAUGGAUUCUAAAAGUGAAUCAACCGUUUUUGAUAUCGAUUUAACCACUCCGGAUUUUAUUUCUGAUCCAGUUUCUAAUUCACUCAUAUCUACUACACAAUCUGAAUUUCCCGACAAAACUACAACGGAAACUAUAAUUAGUAGUCUUAGAACCGACAUUACGGUCCCACCAAUGACUGUUUCAACUGACCUACUGCCUACUAAUAUACCCAUAACUGAACUACCCUCAACUACUACUAGUGCAGACGUAUCUGAAAUAAUAGCUUCACAAGCUUCAAGCGAAAUUGCUGAUGCUUUGCAUAGCACAAAAAUGAACACAGAGCUAACUACUGUUGAAGAAACAACAGAAUCUCAAGAUACACUAAAAUCUACAACUCCAUCAACUAUUGCUCAAGUCAGCACUGAAGUCACGACCUCUUUGAUAGAUUUGGAAUCGUCUACCAAGACAAGCCUUACUGAGAGCAAUUUAGAAACAACUACUCAAGCAGGUAUCGAAACCACCACUGUAACAUUGGUAAAAGAAACUAAAUCAAAUGAUUUAAUAACAACUAUAGCUCAACUCAACGUCGCCACUCAGCGAACUAUUCCGAAAAAAGAUUAUGUUAUAUUUGGAAUACUGCCUAAUAAUACAGUGAUACCUUCAUCGGCACCUAAUCUAAAAGGUACCAGUUCCUUGGGUAUAACUACUGCCACAAUUAAGCCGUUUGCUGACAAAAUCACUGCCUCGCAUGUUUUAAGUUUACGCACUACUACAAUGCUACCUUCUAUUCAUGAGAUUCUGCUUAAUAGUUUAUCUUCGGCCACUAAAGAGGAAAUGGUUAUAUCAUCAAUGAUGAGCUCUACUCGUGAACCAAGAAUAUUAACACUGGAUAUUGAUCCGGAGACACAACAAAUCCGUACGGAAAAACCUGCUGAUGGUAAAGGAAAUGCAGUUUUCAAAUUUAUACCCAUUGAUGAAGUAACGGUACCUCCACAAAACACAAACGUUUUAAAACUAGCUUCUACGAAAGCACCUAUUAAAUAUAAUACAGAAAAAGAUAUUAAAACUGUAACACCAAUAUCAGUUACAGAAAUUAACUCACCAACAUCACAAAUUCAAAAAAACAUAGAAAAUAUGGAUAAAUUCACAACGAUGUCUGAUGAUGGAAUUGAUAGUCAGUCUUCAACGCCUGUUAUAUUCACAAAUUCUGUAACACCAAAUGAUAUUCAGGUGGAAAAUUUAAAACCUACUAAAAGUUCAUUUCUUGAUAAUAAAGAAGAAUUCGACAGAAUAAUGACUACAGUAAAAGAUGAAAUAACGGAACUCCCGGCAACACAGCUUGAUACAACAAAACCUCUUCCAAUAAUGUCAACCACUACAAUACCACAACUUGCUGUUAAUGAUAUGCUAAAAAAUGAUGUAGCAAAUCCCACCACUGCGAGCUCAGCAAACAUUUUUUCCAUAAAUCUCGAAACGACAGCCCAGGAUGUUGUAUCAAUAUCAUCCACCCAGUCUUCUGACGAAACGUUUACUACACUUGACAGUGCCAUAUUACCAGCAACUACUACUAUGAAAAUUGAUUCCAAUAAAAAACAAGAAAAUUCAGAGUUACUACAAAGCUUACAAGCAGUCUUAUCAACAACAUUAAAUCCUAAGUUCUUAAUAGCUACUGGCCAAAAGUUACCCGAUUCUUAUAAACCAGGUGGCACGAUACAAACAACUACUUUGCGCUCCAUAGAAGAUGAUAUCCGACAAUUCGAGGAAGAUACAAAAUUAUUAAGAGUACUUUUACAAGCCACGGGCCGAAAUCCAAAUGAACUAAAAAUUCCAAGUUUAGGUGAUAUUAGAGAAAUUCCUGCAAUUAUGUUGAAAAGUAAUCCGAUCACCACUACAACAACUACAUUGAAAACUACUUCAUUACCAACAACAACGACCCGAACAAAAACAACAACACCAAUUCAAACAAAAACAACUACAUCUUCAAUUGACGAAGAAAUAAAGAAAUUAAAAGAAGAUACUCAAUUACUACAAGCAUUGUUACAAAUUACCGGACAAAACACUGAUUUAGGCCAGCCAGUAAUAUCGAAGACAACUUCCAAUGACCAACAAAGUACUGUUACAGAAGAAAUUGGAAUUUCUACCACAUAUCCACCAAUUGAUAGAAGAUUAUUAACAACAACUAACUUUCCUGAACCAUUGUCUACGAUAAACGCUAGACGGGUCCCUGAAACAACACGGGUUACGACUGAUAUACCAAGCACCUCUACGUUUUCAGCUGAAGAAGAUUUAGAAUUUUUAAAGAAUUUGAAAUCCGUCCUAAACACAAAUAAUAUUAACAAUGAUGAUCCCGAAGCUGCACUAGCUAAUCGCGUCAUAGCCCUCGCUGUGGAAAGAAGCUUAAGUGAAUUGCAAACAGGAAAGCAAGCAGAUUCCUCCCGAGGUAGCAAAAAUAUCAAUUCAAAUUCCGUCAAUUCUAUGCGUACCACGACUGCAAGAACAACAAGUCCAACUACGAGGGCUACUACUACCACUACUUUCAAACCAAUAACAACACCUAGCAAAAUAACACCGUCCAUAGAAGAUGAUAUCAAGCAAUUUGAACGAGAUACAAAAUUAUUACAAGCUCUUUUAAAGGCAACUGGGCAGGAUCCUUCCAAGUUUAAUAUACCAACGCUGCCAAGUAUAAAAGUUAGUCCAAAAGUUUCUUCGGUUGUUAAAGAGGAUUUAAAGCAACUUUCAAAUCUCCUUGCGUCACCAUCGCCUUUAAAUGAACCUUUUGUACCUUUGACAAAUAAACCAAGUAUAAUAACCACCAUUCCAACUACUACUAAAACUUUCGGAGCAAAAAUAGCUGUAAAGGAUAAUUUAAAAGAUGUUCAAGAUGAGGCAAAGUUACUUCAAACAUUAAUUAAGCUAAAAGAUGCACAGGAAACAACGACACAUAAAAGUAAACUUGCCAUUACAGGGCAAUCUUCAGACGAAGCGCUUAAAAAGUUAAUCCAACAAGCGAAACCUACGGUAAUGGUAUCAGAAGCCACGAAAUCAUCGAUCUCAUUGAGUACUGAGUAUGGAAACAGCAACGAUGCACUCCUUGCAGCAUUGCUUAAGGAACAAGGAUUCGGUCCAACAACGGCAAGUUCUUUGGAUGAGCAAGUUCGACUCGCUGCUUUACUCAACCAAGUGGUAGUGACGCCGAAGGCUAGGCGGACGACAACACUUCCUCCGCCGCCUCCAGCACCACGAAGGCCAAUUUUGGAUGGCAUAGCUUGGCUUUGGCAGCAGUGGAGAGAAACGGAACCUGGGUCUGGUAAUGGUGGAACCAGGACGAAUAAAAAACGGCCAGCGUCAUCGUCCAGUUCUGCUGCAUCUUCUUCAGUAGCUGCUCCUUCUAGAACCAAUUGGUUUGGCUCUGGGCCAUUUGUUGGCAACGCCGACGAAACUCCGUCCUCGAAUCGAAUACCUCUGGAGCCCCCACGGGCAGUAGCGGCUGAGCAGGCGCCGGGUGGAGGGCAACUUGUUUCUGCAGCCAUAAACGUCACGAGAGCUUUCUCUCAGUUCCUCGGCGCUGCAAUACAGGGUGCAGCCCAGACUGUGCAAAGUGUGAUACGUGCUGGUCAGAGGGCCGCGACGGACGUCUACUCGAACGGUUCCGGAUAA